CUGAUAUUUGUCUUGUCUAUUCUGACCCUCGUCGCGCAGGCACAGCUCAGUGACACCCUAUGGACCUCGUGGGUCCCACUCGCUGUGCGUAGUCCAUAUCUCAGCAGCUGGAUGAACACGACGAACCUGCGUGUCGGUUCCGGAGCUCCUCUCGCACCAAGGAUUUGGCCUGUCUUCUGGAACAACGCCAUUCUCGGAUGGGCUGGUCAUAUACGCGUCGACAACGAUAUUACCUACAUAUGGCUAGGGGACGCAGGUAGCCCCGCAGGAUUGAACUCCUCCGUCCUCAACAAUAUCCAAAUCACGCCGACGCGGACGGUGAUGAGCAUAACUUCGGGACCGAUUGAUCUCAAUAUAACAUAUCUGUCCCCGAUAGAG